AUGAAAAUACAACCCCUGCUGCAAAUAAACCGACAUCUAACAAAACACAUAUCACAACUACCCUCACAAUAUGCAUGUGGAUUGUAUUAUAGAAACCAAAGACAACCAGUAUUUAAUAGAGUUCAUUCAACACAGAGUGACCACCAUAGGCAAAAAGUAGUUAUAGACACGAGCACACCGAAAAUCGUGAUAGAAAAAAUUAAGGAGGGUAAAGAAGAGAAUAUUAAAUUCUUUUGGAGGGAUAAAGUUGAUCCUUAUAUUAAGUUGGCAAGGUGGGACAAACCUAUAGGUGUCUACCUCCUCUAUUUUCCCGGCACCUGGUCAAUAGCACUGGCAUCCAUUGAGGGAAAUGUAGAUUUGUAUACUAGUUUAAAUACAGCUGCACUCUUUCUGGCCGGUGCUGGACUUAUGCGUGGAGCUGGGUGCACCAUUAACGAUCUGUGGGAUAAAGAUAUUGAUAAACAGGUAGAACGGACAGCGAACAGGCCACUAGUGUCCGGUGCCAUCACUGAUAGACAAGCUGUGGGAUUUCUGGCCCUGCAGCUCAGUUUGGCCUUGGGAGUUUUACUUCAAUUAAAUUGUUAUAGCAUCGUCCUGGGAGCCAGUAGUAUGUUUUUCGUGGUGACCUACCCUCUAGCGAAACGUUUCACGAACUACCCUCAAAUCUACCUAGGUGCUACCUUUAAUUGGGGGGCACUCCUCGGCUACUCCGCUAUACAAGGACAAGUGGAGCCUGUUAUAUGCCUACCCCUGUACACCGCUGCAUUGGCUUGGACGGUUCUUUACGACACUAUAUAUGCCCACCAGGACAAAAUAGACGAUUCCCGAAUCGGUGUCAAGUCAACUGCACUGACCUUUGGUAGAAAUACAAAGCCGGCAUUGUCAGCCGCACUGGCUAUCAGCUUAACAGGUUUCUCGCUUGCCGGUCACGCGGCGGAUCUGGGAGUAUUGUACUAUGCCGGAUUACUGGCGUAUGCUGGCCAUGCCGGAAGACAGAUUUACACACUCAAUCCCGACUGUCCAGAGGACUGUGCUAGAAAGUUCAAAUCGAAUGCUAUGUCAAGCAUGUUUCGUUCAACGUCGGAGGCUGCUAAUCGCUUUCCAAUGGAAGAAAAAGUACAGACAGAAUUUUUAUUAAGUGAGACAUACAGUUGUGACUUUUGCGAUUCCGGUGGUUGGACCAGCGAAACUGAGGUGGAGGUCCACAAGCAUAUAAGACACAAAAAAACUUUGCUGGAUCGGUUUAACAGCGAGUCGGAGACAAUAUGUAAAAUAUGUUUAGGAGAAUUUCAAUCAAUUGUAGAGCUGGAACAACAUAUUAAAACUGAACACCUCCUCAGCUCAAAAGAUGCGACCCACAUAGAGAGGGAGGUAUUCAUCUGCGACUACUGUCAAUCUCUAUUCUUUAAUAAGAAGCAAGUUUUAGUACACAUUGUCCAUUGCCACUACACAGAGAAAAGCCAGAAAGUUGAAUGUCCACGAUGCAACCGCUUUACCCCGGGUAAAAGUAUCUGGUUCCACUAUAACCACCAUAAUAUAAUAAGUGUAGCGACAUGCCAGAUAUGCUUUUACAAGUGUAAGAACAAAAGAGUUCUCCAAGAACACUUGCAGACCCAUAAAAAGCACCUAUUCUGCGAUAUAUGUCAGUACGAGACAAGGAAAGAAGAUUUAUAUAAACAACAUGUGCAGUCAAAGCACAGCCGACAGUAUAAUCUUCCCUCAUAUGAUAUAAAGAAAUAUUUUUAUCCAACAAAUUGUGCUAAUAGGUUAGUCAAGACGUCAAAUUUCAGAGGGCUUAUGUUGUCUAACGGUUUUAGAGUAUGUGUGUUAUGUCGGUAUAUAUCGGACGAUGUGAAGAAGAUGCAGAACCAUUUGCAUGAACAUGUGAAGGGUAAAGAUGUAGUAGCGAAUAAGUAUGUUUGUAUGUGCGGUGAAGUUUUCUUGAAUAAGGUGCUGUUGAAACAUCACCUGUUUAAACUGAAGGGUCACCAUGCUACUGUCAGUUAG